GAAAACUUAGAAUUAGAGUCCAAUGAAUUGAAUUCUAGUGUUGCGGUUGACAACUAUGGUGAUGAGAACUUAGAAUUAGAGUCUAGAGAAUUGAAAUCUGAUGCUGUAGAACCUGAAAAUGCUGAGGGUCUGAAUGCGGGAUACUGCUUCUGAGAAAACUCAAGCCAGCUAUGAUUCUUCAUCUAAGGUUGAUACUGGUAAUGAUGGUGAGGAUACUGCCACUGGUGAUAGUGUGGUAGCUGCUGAAGGCGGUGAUUCUCUUGGCCAAGAAGCUGGAGAGAACAAUGUGGCUUCUCUGUCAGAAGAUGCUUCUGGUUUACCUGAAUUAUCUGAAUGUGAGCUUGACUCUUUGAAAGAUGAUGUUGGUGUUUCUCUAGAUCAAGAUGCUGGGAAGAACAAGGGAGUGACUCAAUUUGAAGAAGUGUCUGCUGAUUUGCACACAAACUCACAUGGAGGUGAACCUGAUGUUGAUGCUGAUGAUGGUGGUGUGGUUUCAUCGGAGGUGGUAGCAUCAGCACCUGUUCUUGUAGAAGAGAUUAAAAGCAGGGAUGUGGUGUUUGGGGAUAGCAAGUCUCUGGAAGCUGAUGAUGAUGAAAAUGUGGGUGAUGUUGAGCCAGAUGAGGAAGAGGAGGGGCUUGUUUCUAAUGGACCUGCCAGAGUUGCCAUCUUGGAGAGCUCUGAGACGGCAAAACAGAUUAUUAAGGAGUUAGAGGGGGGCUCUUCCAGUAAUAGUUCCCAAGACUACCGGAAUGCUAUUGAGGGGCAAAUUGCUUCGGAUUCAGAUGAAGAGGUGGACACUGAUGAGGAAGGUGAUGGCAAGGAGUUGUUUGACUCUGCUGCUCUGGCUGCUCUUCUGAAAGCUGCUACAGGUGCAUCGGGUGAGGGAGGCAUCACCAUCUCAUCUGGUGACUCUGCCAGGAUUUUCGCUGUUGAUCGCCCAGCUGGUUUGGGAUCCUCUGGUUCAUCUCUCAAGCCUCUUCCUCCACGCGCUGGCCGGUCAAAUGUUCUCACUCCCACUGAUCUGGCAGUCACUGCAGAACCUGAGAAUAACAUGGAUGAGGAAGAGAAGAAACUGCAUGAAAAGGUGGAGAUGAUAAGGGUAAAGUUCCUCCGUCUUAUUCAGAGGCUUGGCCAUUCAGCCGAUGACACCGUGGCUUCUCAGGUUCUUUACCGUCUCAGCCUUGCAGAAGGAAUUAGACGUGGGAGGCAGAUGAACAGGGCCUCAAGCCUUGAGAAUGCUAAAAAGAAGGCCAGGCAGCUUGAAGCAGAAGGCAAGGAUGAUCUGGACUUCUCUUGUAAUAUCCUAGUCCUUGGAAAAUCUGGUGUUGGCAAGAGUGCAACCAUUAAUUCUAUUUUUGGUGAAGAAAAAUCCAAGACAAGUGCAUUUGAACUUGCAACAACUUCUGUGAAGGAGAUUUCUGGGAUUGUUGAUGGAGUCAAGAUCCGAGUUAUAGACACACCAGGGCUGAAAGCUUCUGCAAUUGAACAAGCAGCAAAUAGGAAGAUCCUCUCAUCUAUAAAGAAUUAUACUAAGAGAUGUCCUCCAGACAUUGUUCUCUAUGUGGACCGCAUGGAUACCCAGACUAGGGAUUUCAAUGAUCUGCCUCUUUUAAGAUCAAUUACCAGUAUUCUUGGUUCGUCAAUUUGGUUUAAUGCUAUUGUCGCUCUCACACAUGCUGCUUCUGCCCCCCCAGAUGGGCUGAAUGGUACUCCUCUAAGCUAUGAGGUGUUUAUUGCACAGCGGUCACAUGUUGUCCAGCAAUCAAUAAGGCAAGCGGCCAGUGAUGUGCGUUUGAUGAAUCCAGUUGCUCUUGUGGAGAACCAUCCUUCUUGUAGGAGAAACAGAGAAGGUGAAAAGGUGUUACCCAAUGGCCAAAGCUGGAGACCGCAGAUGCUGCUUUUGUGCUACUCUUCAAAGAUAUUGUCCGAAGCCAACUCCCUUCUGAAGCUCCAAGAUGCCAACCCUGGAAAGCUCUUUGGUUUCCGUUUACGCGCCCCACCUCUUCCUUUCUUGCUGUCUUCACUCCUGCAGUCUAGAACACACCCAAAGCUUUCAUCUGAUCAGGGCAUUGACAAUGGUGAUUCUGAUAUUGACCUUGAUGACUUGUCUGAUUCUGAUCAAGAAGAUGAAGAGGAUGAUUAUGAUCAGCUUCCACCCUUUAGGCCACUGAAGAAGGCACAGAUUGCAAAGCUCACUAAGGAACAAAAGAAGGCAUAUUAUGAGGAGUAUGAUUAUAGAGUCAGGCUUCUUCAGAAGAAACAGUGGAAGGAAGAGAUCAGAAGGCUGAAAGAGAUGAAGAAGAGGGGAAAAGCUGCACCAAAUGAGUAUGCUUAUGGUGAUAUGGCUGAGGACUAUGAUCAAGAUGCUGCGCCUGCGGCCGUACCAGUCCCUUUACCAGACAUGGUUUUGCCACCAACUUUUGACAGCAAUAAUCCAGCCUACCGGUACCGCUUUCUGGAACCAACCUCACAACUUCUGACAAGGCCUGUCUUAGACACACAUGGCUGGGAUCAUGAUUGUGGGUAUGAUGGUGUUAGCAUAGAACAGAACCUUGCUCUUCUUAGCCGAUUUCCUGCAGGGGUGUCAGUGCAGAUCACAAAAGAUAAGAAGGACUUCAACAUUCAUUUGGAUUCUUCAAUUUCAGGCAAGCAUGGUGAAAAUGUGUCAACUCUUGCUGGCUUAGACGUCCAAACUGUUGGGAAGCAGCUUGCUUACAUCCUCCGGAGUGAGACCAAGUUUAAGAACUUCAAGAAGAACAAGACUACUGGUGGAGUUUCAGUCACUUUCUUGGGUGAGACUGUAGCAACUGGAUUGAAAUUGGAGGAUCAAAUUUCAAUAGGAAGGCAGUUGAGUUUAGUUGCAAGUACCGGUGCUAUCCGGGCACAAGGUGAUACAGCUUACGGAGCAAAUUUGGAGGCUCGUCUGAGGGAGAAGGAUUAUCCAAUUGGCCAAGUGCUUGCUACUUUGGGGUUGUCUCUUAUGAGUUGGCGCGGUGACCUUGCUUUGGGAGCCAAUGUGCAGUCCCAGUUGUCUGCUGGCCGUAACUAUAAAGUGGCAGUCCGUGGAUCACUCAACAACAAGCUCAGCGGCCAGAUCACUGUCAAGACGAGCAGCUCGGAGCAGCUUCAGAUUGCACUUCUGGCCAUCAUACCUGUUGCCAUCUCAAUCUUCAGGAAGGUCUGGCCUGGUGAGUCAUACCCAAUGCACUAGAUUUUGUUUAGCUUUUGGCCAUUAGUUUGAUCAAGGAAGAGCGAACGUAGAGUCUGUUUUGAGCUCUUAGCAUGCUUUUGUUUUGGCGUCAUCAUUGGAUCUUGAAUAAUGUCUCUCGUUUCAAUUUUGAACUCAGUUCAUUUUAGGCUUUCGGGCAUAUUAUAGUUCAUCUUCAGAAAUGAGGUUAAACCUAAUCACUGCUAUUGUACUUUGAAACAUAUGUUCAACUGCAUAUCAUGGUAUUUCUUUUCAUUGCUUCUUAGAUAAUGGCUAUCACUAUUUUUCUUA